CCUCUGGCUGAGCGUCUGAGGAUCCGCCGCCGGAUCCGCGGACGGUUUAGUGAGCCCGUUAGUGCCCCUGCCGAGACUCACGUCGCCGUGAUGUCCCGCUACCUGCGCCCCCCCAACACGUCUCUGUUCGUAAGGAACGUGGCCGACGAUACGAGGUCCGAAGAUUUACGACGAGAAUUUGGUCGUUAUGGUCCUAUAGUUGAUGUGUAUGUUCCACUUGAUUUCUACACGCGUCGUCCAAGAGGAUUUGCUUAUGUUCAAUUUGAGGAUGUACGUGAUGCCGAAGACGCUUUACAUAAUUUGGACAGAAAAUGGAUUUGUGGACGCCAAAUUGAAAUACAGUUUGCACAGGGGGAUCGGAAGACUCCAAAUCAAAUGAAAGUCAAGGAAGGGAGGAAUGUGUACAGUUCUUCACGCUAUGAUGAUUAUGACAGAUACAGACGUUCUAGAAGCCGAAGUUAUGAAAGAAGAAGAUCAAGAAGCCGGUCCUUUGAUUACAACUAUAGAAGAUCUUAUAGUCCUAGAAACAGUAGACCGGCUGGAAGACCACGGCGUAGCAGAAGCCAUUCCGACAAUGAUAGACCAAACUGCAGCUGGAAUACCCAGUACAGUUCUGCUUACUACACUUCAAGAAAGAUCUGAGAAAGCGGAAAAAGAACCAAAGAAGGGCAGUUCAAGCGACCAAAGGGUGGGUGGAAGGUGCUGCAGUAUGAAUACUGUACGAAUAUUUUGACUCUGGUCUGAAAAGAUAAAAGAAUGUUAUCGAAACUACAUGGAAUAAUUGAAGUCCCUUCAAGUUUGAAAGUAAGCAUUUUAGGACAAAUAAAAAGAAAUUCAACUUUGUACCUGUGGAAACUAAUCCCUAAAUCUGAAUAGGUUUAUAUUGAUUCGUGGGUAACAGGUCCAUAAUAAACUAUUGGAAACUAGGAUGUUUGAAUAUCAAGGAAGACAGCCAUAGUCUCUUACAGUGCCUCUAUUGGUCUGUCUCAAACUGAAUUGGGUGAGAAAAGGUAUGGUCCAAUAUAAACUUUUUCUUGGUUAUCUCUUAAAGUCAGUUCCAUUUUUGCUAUUGGCAAAUCUUGCCUUUGUUUAUUCCAGUGCCAGUGUUUUUCUGCUUAAUGGUUUGCUUUGUUGGCAUCUGAGUUUACUUGUAUGCCAUGUGCAGUUUACAUCUUACACUCUCUUUUCCAGAUAAAUUCCAAUUAGAAUACUUGACAUCUAGCUAAGAGGGUCCAUCUCUUCUCACCUCUGUCCUAAGUCAGUAUAUUCAGCAAACAUUUAUUUACUGAGCCCUUACUGUGGGCAAAAAUUGUCCUGGGUAAUCGGGGAGAAAAAUAGAGAAUAUUGACUUAAUAAAUACCUACUGAGCACAAUAUAGUCAAUCAUUACAGUAUGGCCUCAUUGUUUUGAGGUGUAUUUUUCGUAACAAUAUUUUACACCAUUCAUAUCUUAAUGUAAUUAUAAAACCCAGAAUACUAUCAAUGAUCAUUUUGUGGUUAUCUGCCAUUUAAAAGUAUCCAGUAUUUCUGUUUGCAUCCCAUUAAUACAAAUAAUGAAAAAAUGAUGUUUUAAUCUGUAAUAAACUGAUUCAUUGUGCAGUGA